AUGGCGGAAGAUAUAGAUAUAACGUUAGAAUCAGACAGUUUAGCGCUAACAGAAACAUUACCUGCUGAUGAAGUGGAGAAUCACUCCGAGGAAAGUGUGGAUUCAUCAGCGAUCACAGAGAUUCCAGCUGUGCAUCUUCUCUCAGACCAAAUAAUCCAGAGGUAUGAAGGCGACAGGUCAGGAGAGGUGUUCCACGGGGAAGGAGUUGCUUACUUUAAGGGUGGACAUAUAUACAAGGGAGGUUUUGUAGAUGGUGUUAUGCAUGGCCGUGGAGAAUACACAUGGGCAGACGGGUUAAAGUAUGAGGGGGACUUUAAAACAAAUGCUCCUAUGGGACAUGGGACAUACACCUGGUUAGAUCGUAGUACCUAUGAAGGAGAAGUAUGCAAUGGAAUCCGCCAUGGCCUUGGAAUGUACAAAUCUUCCAAAACCAGCACUGUAUAUAAAGGGCAGUGGUACAAAGGCAAAAGACAUGGCAAGGGGACAAUGUACUACAAUGAAGAGGCAACAUCGUGGUACAAGGGUGAUUGGGAAAACAAUAGAAAAGAAGGCUGGGGUAUACGCUGCUAUCCAUCAGGAGACACAUAUGAAGGUCAGUGGAAGAACAGCGUUAGACAUGGUGAAGGAACAAUGAAAUGGAUUCAGCUGGGUCAGGAAUACAGUGGGCAGUGGCUAAAUGGUGUUCAGCAUGGGAACGGGACACACACAUGGUUUCUGCAGCGGGUUUUUGGCUCUCAGUACCCCCUCAGGAAUAAGUAUAAAGGGGAAUUUGCAAAAGGCAUGCGUCAUGGUCAAGGAAUAUUCACCUAUGCAAGUGGAUCAGUUUACUCUGGAGGUUGGAAAAAUAACAAAAAACAUGGUCAGGGAAAGGUUAUUUUCAAAAAUGGUUGCGUAUAUGAAGGGGAGUUUAUUGAUGACCGUAUGGCAGAAUUCCCAACAUUUUCCACUAUUUCAGUAUGUGCACUGGGUGGUUUACCUAGUGGAGCUGAGGAUUCAGGCAAUAAGGGAACAGUACUUGGACCUGACAUUGCUUUAAACAUAGAGAAUCUAUUAUCCCGAACUCCAGAAGCACAAAGAGGACAGGAGCUCAGACAGGUGGAAUUCGCUAUUAUGAGACAUAUCGCAUUGCUGAGGUCAACAUACACACUAUACAGCAGCCUUGGAAAUGAGAACUCUCCAGACAACACCUUCCUGCUCAGUCACAUACAGUGCUGGCGCUUUCUUCAGGAUUGCAAUGUCCACCAGCAUGGAUUAACACUGGCACAGUUGGAAAACCUCAUUAACAAGGAUAUCUCUCCAGGGAAGGUUCUUUCACCUUUUAGUACAAUGUUGCUGAGAGAAUGGAUUAGCUAUAUUGUUGUUGCAGCAUUCUAUAUUUAUCACAGAGACUUUGAGCCAUCCAGUUGUGUGCUUGCAGAGUGCUUUUCUAAGUUCAUGAGGCAGAACAUCAUUCCUAAUGCCAAGAAUGUUAAAGGACGUCUUUACUGUCAUCCUCUUCGCGCUGCGAUUGGCAAAACCUAUCUUAACAAAUGCUGGGAGAUCUACCAGACUAUCCCUAGAGUAACCUCAUCUGUCAUCUCUGACAUCAUGACUGCCAGACACUUCAUCUGGAUGUUUAAGGUUUUACAUCUCUUUGACCAGACACUAACCACAAGAAGAUUGCUAGAGAUCCUUUCACUAGAGAAUCCUGCCAUCUCCAGUUCUUCUCACAGUAAUCUGGAUUUGGAGGUCAUUUUUCUCGAGUUCUUUGAGUGUUUGCUGGCUUGUGCUGAAGUGAAGGACAGACUUGGAGUCAGAACGGCACAACAAAAUCCUGCGAAAACGUCAGGAAAACAGAUAAAAGACGACUCUAUUCUGAACCAGAUGGCUUCUUCUCAGCAAAAUAAGCCGACAGUGCCAUGCUCAAGCACCAUCAUUUCAUCUGCUGCCACCAGUGAAUUUAAAUCCAAUACAACCCCGCCGUCAUCCUAUAUUGAAGAAAUACAACCUAAAGAGUUGGCUGAAGAAGAGCGACCAGAAGACCAGGUGGAGAACUGGAAAAACCGUAUUCACCAGUUCUUUACAGACAUAUUAUUCCCAGCAUAUGAACACAAGUUGGUGUGUGAAAAAGAGAUGCAAGAGGAACACCAAAGACAAACCACAGACAACAGACUCACCCUAGAAAAGGCUAAGGCGAAUGCUAGGCUAAGGGAGCAGCAGAGGGCAGAAGAAAAGGAAAUAUCAAAAGAAGAUGAGAAGAUCAAAGAAAAAGUGGAGGAAGAUGAGAGAAGUGAUGUCUUAGAUACCCUUGAUGAUUCAUCUGCAGUUCUGACAACCCCAGUGACCACCUCUACCUCUGUAGAUGUCAACCACCCACCAACCAUCAAAAAAAAAAAGAAGACAUGAUUUUUUUUUUU